ACAAGACCACAAUGUAACAGUUUAGUGAAAAUGUGAAGGUGCAUUUAAUCACAAAAAUAAUGCACGUUAAACGGAAAUACAAAUGGUUAUCAUGCAUUUCUUGAACUGUGAUAGCAAUGAGGGCAUACAAAGGGGUUUAAAGCGUUAAAGUUUAGCUUAGCCUAUAACAGUUUCCACUGCCUUUUCUUCUAUCAACCUUUCUGUAUCUGAACUUCUCAUUUCUGACAGUAAUCAGAGAACUUCUUUCUGAUGAAAGAUAAAUGCUCUUCAAUACACAAUUGACAGUACAUGCAUUUAGCAGAACAAGAAAUUAUAAUGAUGAAAGAAUGGUAAGUUAUACAUGAGGAAGAUUAGCUAUUAAGUAAUGGUAAUACAUAUGAAGUAUUAAAUACAGAGCAUCAAUUAUUUCCCGCAUCAUAGGUUAUAUCGAUCAGUUAUAAUAACUCCAACGACGCGCGCUCGUAUAACUGUCAAAGUAUAUAAUCUGAACCUGAUGCACCCAUCUGUAAACAAUAACAGGAAGCAAAACUACUCCUUUUUAACUACCACAAGUCACAGCAUAAGUCAAUUCCCUCUAGUAACAAACUACACCGACAAAUUUCAAGAAUUCCCUCUUAUUGGGCUUUUUCUUCUACCAUCUUUUCAUCGAAGGAAAGAAAAAUAAAAAUACAAAAAAAGAGCAGGGAAAUUCUUUUAGCAUUAGCCUAUUUCAAUUUUCAAUAAGCAGAGUCUAACCCCAGCAGAUCCAGCGUUUUAACAUUGAAAAGAGUGCACAUAGGACUAAACCCACAUGAUACACAAGGCUACCUUUUGGCUUCUCUUUGUUAAACUACUACAAUACUUCCUAGCCAUUGAUGCUGAAAUUCCGGCGGUCAUUGUCUUUGGGGAUUCCUCUGUUGAUACAGGGAACAACAAUGAGCUCUCCACAAUUUUGAGGAGCAACUUUGAGCCAUAUGGUCGUGAUUUUUUCGGAGGCAAACCCACUGGGAGGUUUUCCAAUGGUCGUCUUCCAUCAGAUUUCAUAUCUGAGGCAUUUGGGCUGAAACCAGUAGUCCCUGCAUUCUUGAAUCCUAAUUACAAAAUAGAUGAUUUUGCUACAGGAGUUUGUUUUGCAUCAGCAGGAACAGGGUAUGAUAAUGCUACGUCUGAUACACUAGUAAGUCUUCUAACUUCCAAAGAAAAUGCAAACAUUCUACUAUCGCUACAAAUUCUUGAUUCAAUUGUGCAUAAUUAUAACAUGCAGUCUGUUCUCCCACUAUGGAAGGAAGUGGAGUAUUAUAAGCAAUACCAGCAGCAGCUGAGGGACUAUCUUGGUGAUGACAGAGCUAACACAAUUCUUGAAGAAGCAGUAUACCUAAUAAGUAUCGGAACCAAUGAUUUCUUAGAGAACUACUAUGCACGCCAUAAAAGACGAUUGGAAUUUAGUAUUGAAGAGUACCAAAACUUCCUCAUUGGGAUUGCUAGUGACUUCAUCAAAGAUCUAUAUAAUCUUGGAGCUCGUAGAAUAUCUCUGGGUGGCCUACCUCCAAUGGGAUGUUUGCCAUUGGAAAGAACCAGAAACAUCAUGUUUAAGCGUCAAUGCAUAGAAGAAUACAACCAGGUAGCUAGAGAAUUUAAUAUGAAAUUGGCAAAUUUGGUCGACAGGCUAAACACAGAGCUGAAAGGGAUACAGCUAUUGUUAUCAAACCCUUACGACAUUCUCUUAGAGAUGAUUCAAAAUCCAUCUUCUUUCGGUAAGAUAUUUUCACUUAAAACUGAAAGGAUAUGGAUGCUUAAUUUCUUAUUUUCAGGAUUUGACAAUGCAGAUGUAGGAUGUUGUGCCACUGGAUAUCUUGAGAUGGGUUAUAUGUGUGAUCAACUCAACCCAUUCACAUGUAAAGAUGCUGAUAAAUAUGUAUUUUGGGAUGCUUUCCAUCCCACUGAAAGAACAAAUGGUCUUGUAGCUGCUCAUCUGAUGAAGAAAUGGUCAACCAAGUUUCUAUAAUUGACACAAGGUAUAUGAUCCCCUCCUACAAUGCAAUGAGGCGUCAUAUGCAUACCACAUUACAUCAUAGUAUGACUGUAUAACACAAUUUUCAUCAGGCACCUUAAUCCUUACUCCUUACUCCUUGGAGUACAUAGUCUUGUUAAUUCAUUGUCUCAGAUCCUGAUACAGAAUCUUAUUGGAAAAAAAAAUGAAGAGAGAGAUGCCUCCUAUUUCAUUCCCACGCUUCCCAACUUUGACAAGCAAAAUGAUUAAAUAAGUUCUACUUAUUCUAUUGAUUUAUGAGAUAUUCAUGUUGAUUGCAGGUUCGCAAGAACUUUCAUAUGCAGUUAACAGAAUGUAAAGCAGAAAAACAAGAGCCUACUUAUGAUAGAGUAUUGCAACAAUAAGCAAAGG